AUGAUCUGGAUGACGAUAAAAUGGAAAGAAAAGUUUGUGUGAUGAUCUUCCUCUUGUAUGAAAUAUCAGUUAAGGCAAUAUAUGGAGACAUUAUACAACAGCACCCAGUUGUAUCAGUAUAUGAAGGAGAUAAUGUGGUUUUGUCCUGCUUCAUUAAAACAAAACAAAUAAGUAUGGUAUCGUGGUACAAGCAAGUCACUGGAGAAGAACCACGUCUCAUUGCUUCCUCACUUCUCCGUUCACCAAAAAGCCAAUUUCAUGAUGAAUUUAACAACAAUCAUUUUGAUGCUGUAAGAGGGACUGACAGUUAUAAUCUGACUAUUGUGAAUGCCUUACAAUCAGAUUCAGGCACGUACUAUUGUGCUUUCUCUUUCUCUAAUGUAAUUAACUUUGGAAAUGGCACUCGUCUGGUUAUUAAAGGAGCAGAAAUCAACAAACCCACGAGUCUAAAGUUGCCCAAGACUGAACUUGUUAAAUCAGAGGUAAAUGUGCCUCUACAAUGUUCAAUUCAAAAUGAGUUAGUGAGCGGUGGAGGUGAAAAUCGUCUCUACUGGUUCAAACAUGGAUCAGAAGAAUCUCCUCCAGGAUUAAUUUAUGUUCAUGGAAACACAAGUGAUGGAUGUGUGAGGAGCUCUGAAGCUGACUGUCUUUCACCAACCUGUGGGUACAACCUCCCAAAGAAAAAGUUCAGUUCCUCACAAACGGGAAUUUACUGUGCACUGGCCACAUGUGGGGAGGCUUUAUUUGGAAAUGUUUCUAAACACAAUCCUGACAACUUUGAGAUUCAGAAUAUACUAUUUUACAUUAAAACUGGCCUUGCAGCACUACUGGCGAUAAGUUUUACCAUCAAUAUUCUACUUUGUUGUCUGAGGAAAAGUGGGAGAAAAUCUCAGCAGAUACAGACUACUGAUGAGGAUGAUAAUGAUGAUGUGUCAAUGAAUAAGAACAGGGAAAUGACUUACGCUACUGUACAAAUCUCCACCAAACACUCAAGAGUGAAGAAGAAGAGCCAUAAUGAGGACACACUAUAUUCUGGUUUAGCAUGCCAACAGCAAAGCUGAAAACUACUUUCUACUACCAUAUUUGCAGUAUUUUGUUUGUAUUGCUCUGUCAACACGCGUUUGCUUACAUUUUAUUCACAACAAAGUAUUCUUACUUAAGUAAAUCAAAUUCAUUUAGAUUUUUCUGCAUUAGCGUAGCGACAUAAAACUGCAAAAGCACACUAUACAAAGUACAGACAAUUUAAUCAUAAAUAUUUGUUAAACAAUUUUCAUAUGAUCUGCUCUUACUUUCCAAUGACCCUCUAUGGUCCAGAAAUCAUGUAUUUUUGUACAUAUUUAAUAUUGUACAUAUGCUAUAUGUGUGUAAACCCGUAAAUGUAAAAAAGAGAGAAAUGCUUGCUCAGGAAAAUAAAG